AUGAGCCAAGCAACCCAAGGCAGCAACGGAACUACACGUUCCAGCCGAGCCAACAAGACGGACCAAAAGCGCCGUUCUUGGUCCAAUCACGAAGAACAGGUGUUGAUCGCAUCGUUGAAAGAGCUCGUUGCACAAGGCUGGAAAUCCGACAACGGAUUUCGUGGUGGCUAUUUGAAUAAGUUAGAGGAGGCUAUGAGAAAGGAGUUCCCGACCACUGACUUGAAAGGAAUGCCUCAUAUUAACUCCAAGGUGACAACGUGGAAGAAGACCUACUAUUCACUAUGGAACAUUCUCAAAGUUAGCGGAGUUGGCUUCAAUGUUAACGGGAAACACAUGAUCGACUGCGAUGACGAGCAAUGGCAAAACUUUGUGGCUGCUGAUAAGAACGUUACCAAUUUCCGUUAUAAAAGUUGGCCUUACCUCGAGGAUUGGAAGCUUAUCUUCGGCAAAGAUAGAGCUACGGGCGACGAAGCGGAGGAUCUAAUGGAGGCGGCACAUGAUAUGUACCGAAAGCUAGACCAACUCGAUGAAAAUGGUGACUAUCAUGUCUCUCUUGAGGACAUAUUUGAGAAUGAGAUAUUGGGAGACAAUGUAAGCCAAACACGCAUUCCAGAAGAGAGCGUACCAGUUGAGAAGGAGGCUCCAACCUCAAGCAAGAAACGGCGCCGUAGUAUAGGUUUUGACGACAGGUUCUUCGAAGCUUUACAUGAGGUUGGUCGGGGCACGGAAUCAAGACUUGAAACAAUAUCAAGUCGGAUGGGCUACGAUUUUGAUAUAUCAAAGGCGCGCAAGGAAGUUUUUGCUAAGUUGAGUGGUAUACCCGGGCUAUCACAAACCGAGAAGUUUGAGAUAUGUAACAUGCUUGCUAAGGAAGUGGAGCUACUUGACGUCUUUUCUAGUCUUCCCGAAGAAGCGAAGGAAGACUAUGUGUUGUUCCUUCUUGCUUCGAAGCACAAUUGA